AUAAGCCACUUGAUCAAAGAAAGCAAUUACCCAUUUUGAACUUGUGAAAGUACCUUCUUCAUCUCCUUCAUCAGCAUGGAUACUGCUCAAUGGCCUCAGGAUAUACUGGUGAAACCAAUGGAGGAGAUAGUGACAAAUACAUGCUCUAAACCUUCAUUAGAAAGGAAGAGGCCACAGAAAGAUCAAGCCUUGAAUUGUCCAAGAUGCAAAUCAACGAACACGAAAUUCUGUUAUUACAAUAAUUACAGCCUCUCUCAACCAAGGUAUUUUUGCAAGACAUGCAGAAGAUACUGGACUGAAGGUGGAUCUCUCAGAAACAUUCCAGUUGGAGGAAGUCCAAGAAAGAACAAAAGAUCAUCAUCGAAAAAGAUUUCUGAUGGAGAUCCUGCUAGAUUUUCUGAUUUGACAAUCUCGCAGUCACAAAACCAUAAAACCGAGGAACCCCAAGGAGAUCUCAACUUGGGAUUUUCAAUCCCUCCUCAUGGUUUCGAAACUUGUGCAAACAUUGUCGAUAGAGAUAAUAGUAUCCCUUCUUCAUCUUCCUUGACUUUGUCGAACCUUUCAGCUUUGGAGCUCUUGACAGGAAUUUCAUCAGGAGGCUUGAAUUCCUUCUUGCCUAUGUCAAUUACUGAUCCAACCACAGUUUACCCACCAGGAUUUCCUCUCCCUGAAUGCAGACCUUCUUUGAAUUUCUCUAUGGAUGCACUUGGAAGUAAUUAUGGAAGUUUCCAGGGUGGGGAAGAAACAAGUGGGAAACUUCUUUUUCCAUUUGAAGAUUUGAAGAGUAAGACUACUGAUGAUGUUGAGCAAAAUAGAGACCAAAAUGGAGAUUCAACAAAAUAUUGGAAUGGAGUAAUAGGUGGAGUUCCAGAAGGAUCAUGGUAAAGAUGGUACAAAAUAAUCCAGUAAUUGUAUUUUAUUUUCAUUUUAAUUCUUUUUAUGAUUUUAUCUUAGUGUUUCAUUGUGGAGUGCAGUGACUUGUUUGAAUAUAAUAAAAAACUAACCUAUAGGUACAUGGGUUUCUUAAUUUCAA